GUGCCCCCCGUUACAUUUUGGGGGGUGUCCCCCCCCCCUUUUUCCCCCCUCCCCCAGUCCUAUUUCGUCCCGCACCACGCCCCCACCAUCGAGGACUCCUACAGCAGCCUCUGCACCAUCGACCACCUCCCUGCCUGCCUCCACAUCGUGGACACCUCUGGGCAGGAGGCCGCAGGGCAGCGCAGGGAGCAGCAGCUGCGGGGGGGGGAAGGCUUCCUGCUGGUGUUUGCCAUCGACGACCGCAGCAGUUUCGGGGCGCUGCCUGCGCUGCUGGCGCAGAUCCUGCAGGUGAAGGACCGGGAGGGGGUCCCUGCGCUGCUGCUGGGCAACAAGGCCGACCUGGGCCCCCUCCGGCAGGUGUCCCGGGAGGAGGCCCAGGCCUUCGCCCGCCAGCACCACCUGCGCUACCUGGAGACCUCGGCCAAGACUCAGCUCAACGUGGAGGAGGCCUUCCAGGAGCUGGUCAGGGCUGUCAGGAGAUUCCGGGAUCUGGAGGCCCCCCCCCCGCUACCCUCCCUCCCCCCCCCCACCAAGGACCCCCCCCGCUGCCCCUGCACCCUCCUCUGA